GUUGCUCCGCAGGGUUCCCUCCCAUGCCGGUGCCUCCCGCCGGCUUUGCCGGGCUCACCGAGGACGAGCUGCGAGCGAUGGAGGGACACGAGAGGCAGCACCUGGAGGCCCGACUGCAGUGCCUGAGCAACAUCCACACCCUGCUGGACGCGGCCCUGCUCCAGAUCAACCAGUACCUCACCGUCCUGGCCACCAUCGGGACCCCCCGAGGGGCCGCUCCCGCCCCUCCCCCCACCCGGGACCCCCCCUCAGAGGAGCCGCCGGGACCCCCCGGACCCCCCCCGGGAAGGGCCCCCGCUGGGCAGGAGGAGGAGGAGGAGGAAGAGGCCGAAGGCUCCGAGGGCUCCGAAGGCCCCGACGCGGCCGAACUGCGCCGGCGCCGCCUCCGCAAACUGGGAACGACCCCCGGGAACGGGACCCCCGGGAACGGGACCCCCGGGACCCCCCCCCACUGACAGCGGGGCCGGAGAACCCCCCCCGGGAACCCCCCCGGACCCUCCCCCUUCCUCCUCCCCCUUCCCUCCAGUUUUGCCGCCAAAAUUCCCGCCUGGAAGCAAAACCCGACCCCGGCUGAGCCCCUUCGGUGACCCCGGAACCGCCGCCCCUGCCCGGGGACCCCCCCCUUUGCCAGGGGGAUCCCCCCCUUUGCCAGGGGAAUUCCCCCCUUUUUCCAGGGGGAUUGAUCCCUUUUCCAGGGGGGUUCAUCCCUUUCCAGGGAGAUUGAGCCCUUUUCCAGGAAGACUGAGUCCUUCUCAGGGGGAUCCCCCCCUUUUCCAGGGGAAUCCCCCCUUUUUCCAGGGGGAUUGAUCCCUUCCCAGGGGGAUUCACCCCUUUCCAGGGGGAGAUUGAGCCCUUUUUCCAGGAGGACUGAGCCCUUCCCAAGGGGAUCCACCCCUUUCCUGAGGGAUUGAUCCCUUUCCCCAGGGAUAUGAUCCCUUCCCAGGGGAAUUCAUCCCUUUCCUGGGGGAUUCAUCCCUUCCCAGGGGGAUCCACCCCUUUUCCAGGGGGACUGAGCCCUUCCUGAGGGGAUUCACCCCUUUCCCAGGGAAUUCAUCCCUUUUCCCAGGGAAUUCACCCCUUUCCCAGGGAAUUCAUCCCUUUCCCAGGGAAUUCAUCCCUUUUCCAGGGGGGAUUUACCCCUUUCCUGGGGAAUUGCCACCUUUCCCACCCCCUCUGGUUUAGCCCAGCUUUUCCCAUUUUCCCUCCUUUUUUCCCCAUUUUCCCUCCUUUUUUCCCCAUUUUCCCUCCUUUUUUCCCCAUUGUCCCCCAUUUUUUCCCGGUUUCCCCCCCUUAUCCCACUCCCUCCCUCGUUUUCCCCCCGUUCC